AUGAAUCAUCCAUAUAUUAGUGAUAAUUGUAAUAAUGUUGCACUUAUUUCUCAUCAUUUACAUAAAUAUGAAAAAGCAUUAAAUUUAUUUCAACGUUCUUUACAAAUACAUGAGAAUGAUUAUGAUCAAAAAAUGAGGAUACCUAUUUGUUUGAAUAAUAUUGGACGUUUAUGUUUAGAUCAACAUCAAUAUGAUCAAGCUAUUGAAUAUUAUUUUAAAGCGUUAGAAACGUCAUUAGAUUUAGCAUUAGAUUAUUAUUAUCAAAAGGCAUUAAAUAACAGUGAAACUAGUCCAUCAGAUCUUCUUUCAUCUGUUUUUAUGUCUAUGGGUAUUGUUUAUCAUCGACAACAUCAAUAUGAUUUAGUACUUGAAAUAUAUAAACAUGCUUUAUAUAUUCGUAAACAUUUGUUAUCAAAUUUUGAUCUUGAUUUAGUUUGGACAUAG